AUGGAGCUCCUCAGACAGGAGACUGAACAGGCUUCCAAAGCCCUCGAGGAGUUAAAGAAGGACAUUACUGCUUUCAAAGCCCAGAUCUCAAAGAAGAACAAGGAAGACGCAGAGAGCAAGAUCACUGCUCUUGAGAACAAGAUUACUGCCCUCGAAGCUCAUAUCGAAAAGCAGGACAAGAUGAUCAUUGCUCUUCAGGAUCUUGCACGCACUGUCGUCGAGAAGGGCCGCAACGUUGAGUCACUCGCAAACAGACUCAGAGAACUCUCCGACAUUAUCAAUAUCAUCACAACUACCACCACUAUCGCUAAACUCAUCAACAUGGAGCACAUGGAAGUGUUUGAGAAGAUCUGCUCAGAGCUCGAAGCAGCACGCAAGGAAAUCAUCCGCCUCGACCUCGAAAACCAGGCCAAGCAGACCGAGAUUCACGAACUCUCUGCCGAAAGCACCAGAAACAUGAACAUGUGGCAGUUCCAGAAGAAUCUCGUGCAUGAAUUCGUGAAGGAGGCCGGGAUCAUUGAGCUCAAGGAGACCGUGAGCAAGCAGGAGAUCAGGGAACUCGAAAACGACUUGAUCGUCAAGAAUGAAGAGCUCAGAUCGAUCCGUGGCCGUGAGCGCGAAGGUGUCCAAAAGAUCAAGGAGCUCGAGCAGGUUGUCAAGAGUCUGGAGAUGCAAAACAGCAGACUAGAGGAAGACAUUGAAGCUCAGAGUUGCCAUACUGAGUAG